AUGUCAGGUGUGACCGACGCCAACGCUGGUUCGUCUAGCUCCUCGUCCAAGCCCACCUCUGCCAAUCCUUUGUCCAGCAAUGCCGCUCCCGCUCCUGCUGCUGUCACCGAGGCGGACGACAACGACUCCUCCUCCUCCUCCGAUGAAGACGAAGAUGGCGCCUCCACCGCUACUGGUGGUGAUGCAGCUCAAUCCGCUAAACAACGAAAGAAAAAGAAAUCCAAAGCAGCAGCCAAACUUCGCAAAAAAUUAGGCCUUUCCUCCCCUUCCAAUGCCACCUCUACCCCCUCCUCCGAUGGCAAACUUCUCGCCUCUGGCAACUCUCGUGAUGGCAAGGUCAGCGAUGAAGUUGUCUCCCAAGUCCAGCGCGCAGUCACCGAAUCGCACGGUCCAUCAGCCGCAUCCUCCGUAACCAAAUCCAACCUAGCCAAGGUAAUGGCAAUGAUGAACCUCGAGCGCGAUGCCAUGCUUAAAUCGCAAGGAAGCAAGCAAAAGGCGCAAAAACAAAUUGCAGAUCAUAAAUUUUGGAAGACUCAACCGGUUAUGAAGCCUACCGACAGCCCCCUCCUCUCCUCAGAAGAAGAAGGGUCUAUAGAGCAGAGUGUACCACCAGAGCAGGUUAGACAAGAACCCUAUCCUCUGCCAAACGAUUUCGAAUGGGUGCAGGUGGAUGUGGAUAACGAAGCAGAGCUGAAAGAGGUUUAUGAACUAUUAAGGGGCAACUAUGUAGAGGAUGAUGAUGCGACCUUUAGGUUCGAGUACAGUCCGGAGUUUCUGCAUUGGGUAUUAAAGCAUCCUGGGUAUAAGAAAAGUUGGCAUGUGGGAGUGAGGGUGGUUUCCACGAAAAAGUUGGUUGCUUUUAUUUCCGGUAUUCCACACGAGCUCAGAGUCCGCGAAAAAGCAUACCAGUCAACAGAGAUCAACUUCCUCUGUGUUCAUAAGAAGCUUCGUUCCAAACGACUCGCUCCGGUGCUGAUUAAAGAGGUAACAAGGCAAUGUCAUUUAACGGGGGUGUUCCAUGCAAUUUACACCGUCGGAUCGGUGCUACCAACACCGGUCAGUUGUAGUAGGUACUACCAUCGAACGAUUAACGCGAAAAAACUGGUCGAGAUCGGAUUUAGUGCUGUUCCACAUGGGAUGAGUAUGGAUGCUCAUAUGAAACGGUUCGAGUUACCUGCUAAACCCAUUCUUCCUGGAUUGAGGGAGAUGGAAAAGAAGGAUGUUGGAGAGGUGGGGAGAUUGAUGAGAAGGUAUAUGAAAAGGUUUGAUAUGGCUCCGAGAUUUAGCGAUCAUGAGGUGGAGCAUAUUCUUCUGUCAGGAAGGGGUAAAGAUCGGACUAGUGUAGGAGAGGCAAGUAGGAAGAGGAGGGAAGCACAAGUGACUUGGACAUACGUAGUAGAGAAUGGGGAGGGGAGGAUUACGGACAUGUUUGCGUUUUAUUCUCUCCCGAGUUCGAUUUUGGAGAAUGACAAACACUCUUCCCUCAACGCCGCGUAUCUGUUCUACUAUGCGACGGAUGCGGUUUUCCAAUCCUCGCCACCACCGCCUUCUAGCUCCUCAACGGGAGGGUCGAGCUCGUCCUCACCCGCAUCCGAACGCUCUCUUGCUCUAGCUUCUGGGAAAGAAGCUUGGCAAUGCAACGCACUGACAAAUCUGACCCCCACCGAACUUUCCGACGAAUCUUCCGUCACCUCUUGGGAUUCCGAACCACCUUCUAUCAAAUCCGCCCUUAAAACCCGACUAAACCUCCUCAUUAACACCCUCCUUAUCAUUGCUCGGGAUUUCGGAUUCGACGUGGUGAAUUGCGUCACUGUCAUGGAUAACCCUCUCUUUUUGCAAGAGCAGAAAUUUGGACCUGGAGACGGAUUUUUGAGGUUUUACCUGUUCAAUUGGCGUACGAAGCCAAUCGCGGGAGGGAUGGGAUCUAGACCAGGUGAAGCAGAGUUGGAUCCAGUUCAACAGUACGCUAAGUCCAUGGCGAAAAAGGCGAGCAGUGGGCAAGAAGAUGUGAAGGGUUUAGCCGAAGAGUUGAUUAGGAAGGCCGCAAAGAAUCCAGCUGACGUUGGAAGUGGGAAUGGUAUUGUUAUGGUCUAA